ACACUGUCAGAUCUGGAAUGUGAUUACAUUAAUGCCAGAUCUUGCUGCUCGAAACUCAAUAAAUGGGUGGUCCCUGAGUUGGUUGGCCAUGCUAUUGUAACGGUAUUAAUGCUUAUUUCAUUGCACUGGUUCAUCUUUCUCCUUAAUUUGCCAGUAGCAACAUGGAAUAUAUAUAGGUUUAUUAUGGUGCCUAGCGGAAACAUGGGGGUAUUUGAUCCCACAGAGAUCCAUAACCGAGGACAACUGAAAUCACACAUGAAGGAAGCCAUGAUCAAACUUGGCUUUCAUCUGCUCUGUUUCUUCAUGUACCUUUACAGUAUGAUUCUGGCUUUGAUAAAUGAUUGAGAAGUUGAACGGUUAGCUGCUAAAUUGGGUCAUCACUCCAGUGACUGGUUGUGGAGCCACAGACACCUUCUGAACAUACCUAGACCAGUGUCGUCAUGCAGUAUAUUUUUUCUCUUUGAACAAGAAAUAUUUUUCUGUAUUUUUAACAUAAAAUAUUUUCAAAGGACA